AGGUGAGACCGGGAUAUAAGUCGAGGUAUUAGCCCUUCUUUUUCCUCAUUAAAACUUGGAAGCAUUUGUUUGGGAUUCCAAAAUAGCAGCAGCAUGGACCGUGAGUAUAAAACAACGGGAAAUUCAACCUUAGUCGUUAGAACUGGAUUGGGACAGAUAGUAGGAAAUAAUGAAGUUAGUUCGACUGUCAAUCCCAGCGUUCCUGGUAAUCCUUUAUCCGUCACACAUCUUAUGUCACCAGAAAGGCAUCAUUCCAUCGAACGACAAUCAAGCAAUACAAACAUUGAAUAACACGCAGGAUGUGAAUACGAAAAUGAAGAUAGAAAAUGGAAACCAUUCCACGACGCCUAUCAGGCGAAAAACAGAAAAGGACUUGCUUACGAAUCCUUGUUAUAAAAGCGGAUCACAGUCUAUAGAUCCACAAACCGGACGGCAGUCGGUAGAGUGUCUCCGGACCAGUAUUACAGGAUGUAAGGUAGCCAUUCAUACCCAAGGCUUCGCCAAAUGCAUGCCGGUCAGGGAAGUGUAUAGCGAUGGAAGCGUCCUAACGAGUGACUGUAUGUGCGUCAGCUGAUACUGUAAAUAAAUCACCUAAAAGUUG